UUCCUCAUCCAGGCCUGGAGACUGUCUGAAGCAAGGAGCCCACUGCGUUUGGCGCUAAUCUCGCGAGAGCGGCCCCUCACGGCAGUGCCUGGGCGAUGCGAUGCUUUUGCUGUUGCUGUGGGUUUGAUUGACAGGAAACAUGUCGGUGUGGUGGGAGCGAACCGGGAUGCAGCUGCUGCCAAGGGAGACAGGGAGUACCUGCAUCCAGUCCACACAUCAGCACCUUUAAAAGCACCAGGCUUCCCCCCGAUACGUCUGCUUAUGAUGUUCUGAACAGCUUCUCUUUUUUCAACAUCCAUCUGUAACGAAGGGGCACCCAAUGGAUGCUGUGGCAAACCGUGUAGACCCGCUCGGUAUCUCCGUACUGUGUUUGAUUUAGCCUACAAGCAGAGAUACCUUGAUGAAACAGCAGGAACUACGAGGACUGUUGUUGCAAUGGAGUCGACUCUCUCACGGCUCAAAUCCCGUCUGUAAACCUACAACCUCUCGUUUCAUGGCGUUUUGCAGGUCGCUCUGAUCCGUGGGUUUCUCCACGUUUCUUUUUUGAAUUAUUAUUAUUAUUUUUUUAAGUGCAAAGGGAAAAUAACGAUCACUGCUCGCCAAAUUAUGAACGAGGAGAUGACAAAAAGCGAGGAGCAGCAUCUUAGUUUGCAGAAAGCCUUGCAGCAGUGCGAGUUGGUGCAAAAUAUGAUAGACAUAAGCAUUUCUAGUUUGGAGGGUUUACGGACCAAAUGUGCCACAUCUAACGACUUGACACAAAAAGAGAUACGAACGCUGGAGGGGAAGUUGGUGAAGUACUUCAGCCGCCAGCUGUCCUGUAAGUGCAAAGUGGCCUUAGAGGAACGCAGCGCCGAGUUGGAGGACUUCCCUCGCCUUGGCCACUGGUUCCGCAUUGUCAACUUGAGAAAAGAGGUCACACAGGAGAUGAGUCCAGGUGAAGUGACCCUGGAGGGCCUGCUGGAGAUGAGUGAGGAGCAGGUGUGUGAGCUGCUGCAGAAGUUUGGUGCAAGCGAAGAGGAGUGCGCCCGACUCAACGCCUCCCUCUCCUGCCUCAGAAAGGCCCACCAGCUUGAACAACUUGAGGAGGAUAAAUUGCACAGUAACGGAGGAAGCCAGGCGAAGCAGAACUGGUCCAUUCAGUGGCCCACUUCUGAAUCGGGCAAAGAAAACACUCCAGUGUGCCAGCCAGAGGCCAGUCAGUGGAUCCGGUUCCAGCUCUCCCAAAGCCCCAAAGUCCAGUCCAAGUAUAACCAGCACAUGUGCCACAGUCCCCAGGCCCUGGCCCCCCCUUUGUAUGCAGAUCGACUCACCGUUGACAGCCCUGCCACAGGGCUCUUUCCUCAACUGGACUCUGGUCACCGCUCCCUGCCCCCUUCACCCCGUCAGAGGCAUUUUGGCCACACACCUCCUCGGACUCCCUUGGUGGUCAACACCAUGACCCCACCUGGUACUCCUCCCAUGUGGCGAAGGAACAAAGUAAAGGCACCAGGAACACCACCUCCACCAAGCCGCAAGCUCAUCCAUCUGCUGCCGGGCUUCACCGCACUGCACCGCAGCAAAUCCCACGAGUUCCAGCUGGGGAACCGCUUGGAUGACAUGCAGACACCAAAAGCCAAGAAGAAGACCAAGCCCUUGAACCUUAAGAUCCACAGCAGCGUGGGCAGCUGUGAGAAUCUGCCCACGCAGCGCUCGCCCCUUCACAAUGAGCGAUCUCUGCGAUCCUUCUUCUUCCCCUCCUUCAUCCCCUCCACGCCUCCUGUCCAUGCUGAAACACCCUCUGCAAACACUCUCUCAGUGCCUCGCUGGUCCCCGCAGAUUCCCCGAAGAGAUCUGGGAAACUCAAUAAAACACAGGUUUUCCACCAAGUACUGGAUGUCCCAGACAUGCAUAGUAUGUGGAAAGGGAAUGUUGUUUGGACUGAAAUGUAAAAACUGCAAGCUGAAGUGCCACAACAAAUGCACCAAAGAAGCCCCACCUUGCCAUUUACUGAUCAUACAGCGAGGCGGACGAGAAUCCCUCAAAGAUCACCAAGGAACAACUCAAGUAGCUCGACUGGUACGGACCGAAUCAGUGCCAUGUGACAUCAAUAACCCACUCAGGUACACAGACCUGCACAUCAGUCAGACGCUCCCCAAAACCAACAAAAUCAACAAGGAUCACAUUCCAGUCCCUUACCAACCAGACUCCAGCAGUAACCCCUCAUCCACCACCUCCUCCACCCCGUCCUCUCCGGCUCCUCCCCUGCCCAGCAGCGCCACACCCCCCUCGCCAUUGCAUCCCUCCCCACAGUCAGCACGGCAACAGAAACAGUUCAACUUGACAGCUUCCAGUUAUUUCAAAUACAAACAGCAGUUCAUCUUCCCAGAUGUUGCUCCAGAAGCUCCGCCCAGCAGAGCGCCGCAGGUCAUUCUGCACCCUGUCCUAUCUGAACCGGGGAAUGAAGGCAACCCUUUACUUCAGAUCGAAGUUGAGCCUACAUCAGACAAUGAGGAGGGGAAUGACGAAGACUCUGGCGACGAGUUCGAGGAGAUGAACCUCUCGCUCCUGUCAGCUCGCAAUUUCCCACGCAAGGCCAGCCAGACCAGCAUCUUCCUACAGGAGUGGGACAUCCCAUUUGAGCAGCUGGAGAUCGGGGAGAUGAUCGGUAAGGGACGCUUUGGCAAAGUUUUCCAUGGACGCUGGCAUGGGGAGGUCGCCAUCCGCUUGAUUGACAUUGAACGUGACAAUGAGGACCAGCUCAAGGCCUUCAAACGCGAGGUGAUGGCCUAUCGCAACACACGGCAUGAGAAUGUGGUGCUAUUUAUGGGGGCCUGCAUGAGUCCACCACACCUGGCCAUCAUCACCAGCUUGUGUAAAGGCAGGACAUUGUAUUCUGUGGUGCGGGAUGCCAAGGUUGUCCUGGAUGUUAACAAGACUCGACAGAUUGCACAAGAGAUGGUCAAGGGGAUGGGCUACCUUCAUGCUAAGGGGAUCCUACAUAAAGACAUGAAAUCCAAGAAUGUGUUCUAUGACAACGGCAAAGUCGUCAUUACAGACUUUGGACUCUUCACCAUAUCUGGGGUUCUGCAGGCUGGCAGCCGAAGAGAAGACAAACUGCGGAUCCCCAACGGCUGGCUGUGUCACCUGGCCCCAGAGAUCAUCCAGCAGCUCUCUCCGGACACAGAGGAGGACAAACUUCCCUUCUCCAAGCAGUCAGAUGUCUUUGCUUUUGGCACCAUUUGGUACGAGUUACAUGCACGUGAGUGGCCUUACAAGAGUCAGCCAGCAGAGGUGAUCAUUUGGCAGAUUGGCAGCGGGAUGAAGCCCAACCUCGCCCAAACUGGCAUGGGGAAAGAGAUAUUAGACAUUCUACUCCUCUGCUGGGCAUACAAGCCAGAAGAGCGGCCCAGCUUCUCCAAGCUGGUAGAUUUACUGGAAAAGUUGCCAAAACGGAACCGCCGGCUUUCCCACCCAGGGCACUUCUGGAAGUCAGCUGAGCUGUGACGGAGGCAUCGAUGGGACUGUCUUUGCGUGAAGCUCGUCCUCAGCUCUGCUCACAUCUGCUCCACCAGCCACCCACCUGCUCCUGUCCCGCCCUGCUCCCACAACCCCUGCCUUUCCUGCUCCUCCUUUUCGCUCCAGAUCUGGCACAUCCAUGUUUCCCCUAAUGCCCGAUUGGACCCUUUAGCAGUCAGUAUUGGCCCACUUUGCCAGAGUGGGUGGCACAACACACCGCAGACUUUCAAACAGAGAGGCCUUUCUCUACUCUAUGCCUGAAGCCCUUCCCCAAAACGACACCCUUGCCUUUCUGUUGUGGAAUUUCAACAUGCAUACAAAAUCAUUCAUGCUAUGCUGCAACUCAUCUUCAGCUGCAACCACAUAUGUUUUUUAAAACCAUGAGUGUGCAACAUAUCAUUCUCAGCUUUCUUAGGGUUCCCCUGAGAGAUAUCCUCACAUCAACCCACCCUACAAAACUGUUCAUUACAUCAUCAGGAGCGUGAAAUUUAUGCAAAAGUGUUUGGGGCAUAUUUUGAAGUUACCAUGGUCAUUACUUUUGUUUCCUAAUCUUUGAAGACUUUAUAAUGAUUUCAGCAAAAAUACUCAUGUUUUAAGUUCUGUACUAAUAUUAUUCACAAUCUAAAAUAGUUUAUCAGAAAAUUUUAAUGUCACCAAAUUUAGAAAUUCAUAGUUCACAUUGGGCAGCAAAUCACGGCCACUGUGCCUAAUAAAUGUAUAUUUCUCCCAUACAAACAUUCUCAAUAAUGCAUUAGGUUCUUUUUGCAUUAUUACUGCACCAUUGUGUUUUGUUUCUCCAAACCUAGAUUGUUUCUUUUUCAUUGUGCCUGUAACCAAAAACACACCACAUGCAAUCCUGCCUCCUAAUAUAACAUUUUGAGAAGAAUGUAGUUACCUGAAGUACAUAAUGAGACAUAAUGAACAGGAUAAAGAAACAUUUUGAACGAAUGUGCCUGCACAUUAGAUUAGAAACACGUGGAACUUGGUCCAGUUUACCGAAAGGUUGUGCACUUGGAGAAAUUGAAACUUGAAAGUGACUUGAAACACUGAAAACACAGUCUUUUUUUAAUCUUAAUCAAAGUGAUAUUGUUACGUACAGUACAGCAAGCCUCACCACAGCAUCACAGUUGUGCACUUUGUGUGCCCGCUAUCAACCUCUGUAUGUGGUACAAAUACACAGUGCUUCAAUCCAUGUAAACACAAUGCAGGCAAAGCACUGAUUCCAUUUCAAACUACAGUGUACCUGGGAAAACAAGUUAGUAGUAUAUAAAUAUAAUUUCUAGAAGGCAGGGUUGACACGAUACCACACUUUGAAGGUUGUACAAAUGAAAAAGUGCUACACAUAUAGCUCAUUUGCAAGCUGCCCAGCACGCUGACAGACGUGUACUACACAGUCAGGAGGUUAAGUGCCUUGUUUAAGGGCAUCUCAGCAUCUGUGUUAAUGAAGGAAACCGUGAUUUUUAUUUAUUUAUUCUGUCACUCUGAGUUUCUCAGUUGACCCCUGGAUGUGAACCAGCUUGGUUCUGAAAGCACACAGGUCUGAAUAUCUAAUUUUACUGGCUCCGCAUUGCCUCCAAAGCCAACGUCACCACUGAAAGUCAUUUUGUCAGUCAUACGGUAGUUGGUUUUUCUCCUCUUUCAGACAGAUUAUAAAAGUGAAACAAAGAUAAGCUAAGAUGCUCAACUUUACUGAACAUCCUCGAAUAAGUCACCACUUGUGAAAAAAGAUGGAUGGGUACCAGAUGUUGGUGGAGGAAAUCAGACCAUCCUAUGAGAAUAUCUCAGUUUAACAGAUUCUAUUACAUGGUCUGCUAAGUCACAAAUCAGUGCACCCAUUUGUUUGGACUGACAAAUUAAUCUCUUCCCAGUGAGUGAAGAGGAAUGAAAUGAAUUCUAAAAAUGCUCUACCCACCACACAAAUGUUAAAAUAUUUCUAUUGAUAUUCACAUACAGUAUAAUGAAUGUGAGUUCCCCUUUUCUCUGAGGAAUUAGUUUCUAAAACGUUAAAGGGUUUUUUGUGUGCAGUACAUGCUGUCUGAGCAAAUUACACAGGCACUAAUAUAUAAAUAAUUGGACAGAACACAAUAUUUGUAUGUUUGUGUUUUUGUGAGACAGCGAGCUAAUAGCUUAUUCAGACUCUUCCCCAAUAUGUACAGUACUGUCGGUGUUUAAUGACCUCAAGACUAUGCAAUUAUAAUAAAGACAACAUACCGUUAAAUAUUUUAAAAAGUAAAUAUUUAAAAAAGAUGUUGAUUUAUUGACUUAACUAAUUAUCUAUGACAGUUUUUAUUUUUUGUCUGUUAGUACACCUCUGACUUUUACAUUAAUUUCAGUCAUGUUUUAAGUUUAUUUUCUUAUCUUCCAAUAAGGUCUGAUUCAUAUAUGCUAAUCAAGGUGGCGUAUUAAGCAUUCAAUCUCCCUGUACACUCUUUGGUGAGAGCACUUGAAUCUUCACUCUUGUAAUUUGACAAUAGGCUACAGUCGCAGCCUGAAAUUACUUACUCACGAUUCAGGGUUGGUCUGUAGCGCUCAGUUAACAGCCUUAGUCACUACAUAACAUGUAGGACAUGUUUAUUGUACUGCACUAAAUUUUGCUGUGCUUGACUGCAGUCAGUUGCUAGUUUAUUAGGAAGGUUACUUGACUAAGUGCAGUCUAAUGCUAAUACAAACAGUCCUGCAAGAAAUAAGACAACGAGACAUGUGUUUCUGUUAUUUAACCUUCUCUCGCUAGAAUGGACAAAAUAAUAGAAACACCAGUCAGUAUAAUGCUAACCAGUUAACGAGUAUCUCAAAUUGUAGCCUUUAAAAUAAUUCACACAAUUAUCAAUAAAACCUGAACAAGGUGGGAUUGAUUGCAAAACCUGUAUUAGACUGCAUUUGAUUUAACUUAAAUGAAGUGAAGUGUAAGGAAGGAAAGAAACUUGUCAUUUGUCACAGCACGAAUAUGAAUUCAGUUGGUGCUCACACUAGUUCAAAGUUUGAAAGUUCUUUUUAAGCUUUGCAUCCUGUAUGAGUGUGCAGACAGAGGACAAACCCUGUUAGACCUAUUUCUCUUCAAUUUCUCUUUACCUUCCUACAUGCACUGGACUAAUAGGACCCUGCUGAGAUCAAACACAGUGGCAGGACAUCAAAAAAGGAAAGUUAAAAAAAAAACAAUUCAUAGAGGAAGAAAGGCAGCACUAGACUGCGAAAUGAACUGUUCUCAGCUCCCCUGCUCACCUAACUCCCUCUAGCUCAACAAAUAUUUUCAGGUGACGAGCAUCGUGCUGCACAGUCAUCCAUGGUAAACAAGCUUUUUAUGACAAAUGCAGCUGAGUGGAUACAAAGAUGUUUAUUUUCAAUACAAAAAUUGUUUAUGGCUCAUUGUUGACAGCAACAAUGAAAAACAGGCGCAUCAAAUACAUGACUUUUCCAAAGCCUGCGAUCUUAUAUACAGUAUAAAAUGUGCAACCUUGUCCACUGCAACUUAUUUAAAUUCCUUAAAAAUAAAUCAAACAUUUAAACAAAAUGUAGCCUAUAUUAUAUAAAUGGCAAAAUGGCAUUUUGGGAACUAUACAUUUUUGUUAUAUUUGCUGAGAAUGUGGUGAUUAGAUCAAUACUGCUUCUGUGACUGUACAGUAAAGAUACAGUAGGCUGGAGCAAGCAGCCAGUUAGCUUAUCUUAAAGAAAGGAAACAGGAGAACACUUGCUUUGUUCAAAGGUUUAUACUCACCAAUUCACCACAGAUUCUUGUUUUUACACUUUGGUUUGGUAUAUAUAUUAAAAAAAGAUAUAAUUUGAAGUGCAGAUUUUUAUAAAGCAUACUAGCAGUUAGGCUAAGAUAGCCAGUUGAUUGCUAGGUGUUAGCAUUAAAUUUCCUGUAAAGGCAUGAGAGUGAGAGAGACCAAGCUUCUGGUCUAAUGCUCAAUACAAAGGUGAGUGUAGGUGUUUUCCAAAAUGCUAAACAAUUCCUUUAAAGUCAGCGAUUUAGAAAGAACAGUGAAGUUUGUUGUGUCAUUUGGCACUAAGGAAGACCAUGAAAGUGUUCUCAAUUUGACUGUUAUACAAGGGAGUCCACUGAAAGGGCUUCUCACAGUUCUGUCAGUAUUUAUUUAUUUUCCCAAGCUUUGGUGGGAAAGGUUGAACAUGAAAGUCUUGUAAAACUUGAGAACGUACAGAAUGAUGUCAAGUACAAGCAGCUUUUCCAAAAGGGGAGAGUUGUUCCACAAUGAACAGAUUAGCCUAAAUAUACAUUAGCCUCUAAUAUAACCUCCUUUCUGCUCACAGUUGGUUAAUAUUUUGAUUCAUUGUCAUAUUGCUGAUUCAAAUAUGCUCUGAAUCUACUUUCAUCCUUUGAAUGGGUGGGCUGUAUAGGAGAAGUAUUUUGUCCUUAUCCAUAUGAUAUUGCUUGCCUUAUUUGUUGUCAUUUAAAAUGCUUUGCUUCAACACAAACAUAACUUAACUCCAUGAUGCUUCAUCCCUGCAGCUGCCUGACUUUGGUUUUGACAAAUCACAUCUUCAGCCUGAUCAAAAUCAAAAUCACUUCUGCAUGACCAUCAGCAUCAUCAUCCUCAUGAUAAUAUCAAUAAUGACACAUGAAACUGUCCUUACUUAAAACAGCAUAUCUGUCAUUCAAGCUUGUAAUGGAUCUUCAUUUGUAUAAUUUGUACAAUAGAAUUUAUAAAAGUUUUCUACCCUUCCAGAAAUUGUUUAGUUUCUGCUGUUCAACUGAAUGUCAAUGAAUUACAGUUUGCAGGCCUUGUUAUAAAGUUUGUGUUUUUUGUGCAAC